AACUCGAUUGUUUAUGCCAUUGGUAAGUAGAUCUGAUGAGUGAUGACGUCCAUUUGCCAGUUGCCAUUGGUCGCUCGUCGGUUUUGUGUUUCGAUACAAUCCUUGCUUACUUUGUAGGUACUUACCUACUAGUUACUAGUUAGUACUUGUUAUCUAGUUACUAGUUAUGAGUGUCUAGCGCUUUCUGCGGAUUGCUCACCCCGGUCGUGCCGUUCUAGUUAUUUGAAAUAGCUAUAUAAUUUCGACUUUUCCUCAAUAAGAAAACCGUAUGACGUUGAUCGUUAUUAUAGUAAUUAGCAAAUUGGACUAAUCAUCUUUAAUUCAAUAUAGUGAAAAUGUACGUGCAAGUGAGAAUGAUGGACACCGGCGUGUCAAUAACAAUACCUACGUCGAGAACAAUGGUGGUGAAACAAUUCAAAAAACUCGUGGAAGAAAAAUUUAAUAUUAAACCCGACAAGCAAAGAUUAUUUUUUGCGGGAAAACAACUCGAAGAACAAUAUAGUUUAUUUGAUUAUAAUAUAAAUAUCAACGAUGUUAUUCAAUUGAUGGUGAGAGCUAUAGUUUCCGAAAGUAACCAAUCGAAAAAAUCAAAUUUAAAAGUUACAAAAGGGAAACAUGAAACAUACAAUACCAGCUUGUCUUCUACUAGUUCUUCUUUAGACCAAGACACAUUAGACAAUGCUUCCGAAGAAUCAAAGUACUUCAAAAUUGGCGAUUAUGUAGACAUAAAAGAUUAUAAUUAUGGCUCUUGGUUUUUAGCAAAAGUAAUUAAAAUAAAAAAAGAUGUUGCGUCUAACGAUAAGCAAAAUGAUCCAAAAAGUCCAGUUAAAAAUGAUGGACUUGUAUAUGUAGCUGAAAUAGUCGGAUGUCCGGAAGAGCCACCAACCGAAGUGCAGCUCCAAGAAAUUCGACCACAUUCCUAUAAGAUAUUGCCGUUUAGCGAAUUACAGUCAGGCGAUCGUGUUUUAAUGAAUUACAACGUUGAAUAUCCUAAAGAACGUGGAUAUUGGUACGACGUGCUUGUAAAAGAAAUUAAAACUACUAGAAAAGGUCGAGACGUCAUCGGAGAUGUGUCUGUUGGUCUAGAUAACGCUGUUUUGAACAAUUGUCAUUUAACGUUUCUUGAUGACAUAUUUAAAUUGGAGCCUUAUAAGCUUCUAUCAGAAAGAACUCCCGAAGACGAUAUAUUUUUCCAAACAAAACCUACUACCCAAAGAGCUGGCGCAUUAUAUUGUAUAAAAUGUAAAGAUGAUGACAAGAAAGACUGUAUGGAUUGUGGGUGUCGUGUAUGUGGAGGUAAGGAAAACGAAGAUAAACAAUUAAUGUGCGAUGAGUGCAAUCAUCCUUAUCAUAUGACCUGCCUCAAUCCUCCUUUGAAAGCCCUUCCGGAAGAUGAUGAUUGGUACUGUCCGGCAUGUAAAAAUGACGAGAACGAAAUUGUCAAAGUUGGUGGAAAAUUAAAAAAUUCCAAAAAAAACACGCCCGCAUCAACGUCGAAACGAGACUGGGGAAAAGGUAUGGCUUGCGUGGGUAGAACCAAACAGUGUAACAUCGUGCCCUCAAACCAUUUUGGCCCGAUUCCAGGAGUAGAAGUCGGCACCUCUUGGCUAUUCCGAGUUCAAGUGUCCGAAGCAGGUAUUCACCGUCCUCCUGUCGGGGGUAUACAUGGCCGAGAUAAUCAAGGCGCUUUUAGCAUCGUGUUGAGCGGCGGUUAUGAAGACGAUGUCGAUAACGGUGAUGAGUUUCUAUACACCGGCUCGGGUGGACGUGACUUGUCAGGAAACAAACGUACAGCUUUACAGAGCUGCGAUCAGCAACUGACACGAUACAAUAGAGCUUUAGCGCUCAAUUGUAACGCCACAAUUGAUAGCGAAAAAGGAGCCAAAGCCGUUAAUUGGAAAAAGGGCAAGCCAGUUCGUGUCGUAAGAAAUUACAAGCUUAGCAAACAUUCUAAGUAUGCUCCAGAAAUGGGAAAUCGGUAUGAUGGUCUGUAUAAAGUGAUUAAGUACUAUCCUGAAACGGGAAUAUCAGGUUUUACAGUAUGGCGCUUUGUUCUGCGUCGAGACGAUCCAGCUCCGGCUCCAUGGACUGCAGCAGGAAAAAAACGAAUAGCCCAACUUGGACUUAAAAUAAUUUUUCCUGAAAAUUACAUACCAGUUGUGAUAAAUGAUGCCAAAAAUAAAUUGCCUGGCGCAAAAAGAAAGAAGGCUCUUACGGAAACUGACGUCGAAGAAAGUGAGCAAUCUAACAGUCUGUCUACGAGUACACAAGCGAGUGAUGACAACAAGAAACGUCCUGAAAAGAAAUUUAAAAUAAAGUACGAGCUUGAGGAAGAUGUGAGAAAACUUAUUUUAGCCGAUGAUGCAAAUAAAAAAUAUUGGGACGAUUGCAAAGAGACAUUAGAAAAAGGCAAAAAAGCUUUUCUGGAUAGAGUUGAAGAAACAUUCUUGUGCAUAUGUUGUCAAGAUAUUGUUUACGAACCAAUCACGACCGAAUGUUCUCAUAACAUUUGUAAAGAAUGUCUAAAGAGAUCUUUUAACGCGCAAGUCUAUCAGUGCCCAUCGUGUAGAGCUGAAUUGGGUAAGACUUACUCAAUGAACAUAAAUACUAAGCUGGCCACAACGUUAUUGCACCUGUUUCCUGGAUACAACUUAGGCCGCUGACAUUGGCACUACUGGGAUAAUACUCGUAAUCGUAGAUCGUCCUUUUUAUCUCUAAAAGAAUUUGUACAUUCCUUUAUUAAAAUACAAGCCCUGUAUGAAUACAUACCAGGUGUCAGAUUAAAAUUUUUUUUUUUUAAAUCGGAUAGUUAGAAAUAAAUAAGUUUACAACUAUUAAUACUAUUAUUUUUAAUUAAAAUUACGCGCUUCCAAACACACGGUAAUACAAUUAUAUGCUUACCUUGAUUUUAUAAUUCACUUGACUAAUCUUUUUUUUUAUUAUUACUAUUAUAUUAUUAUUUAUUAUUAAUAAUGCAUUUAUAUAAUUUUUUUGUUUUAAAAAUAAAAAAGAUGCCUGACUUAUUGAACUAGUUUGAAUUGACUUUUUCCAUUUUGAAAUUGUUGUAAAUUUUUUUGGCGCAUAUGAGUUUCAAUUAACAAAAUGUUAAGAGUACGGACCAAAGAAACAUGUUAUUUAUAGUUUUUUGAUGUGUCUUGAACUAAAUUUUGGGCCUUAUUAUAAACGAUUUAUUAUUAUUUUGUUAAACAUCAAUCGACAACAGCUUUAUAAUUAAAUUCUGUAGAAAACAAUGGAAGUAUAUUAUAAUGUAUUAUAUUACUUCAAUUUUAUAAUAAUAGUUUAUUGUUUUAAUAGUUAAAUUUAUCUUAAAUCUAUGUACUUACUAUAUUAAAAUGUUUAACAUAUAUAUUAUGAUGUAGUAAAGCAUUAAAAAAUAAUGUGUAUAACAAUAAGCCAUAAAAAAACGUACAUUUUUAAUGGUUGUAAUGAUUGGCAUUGGCGUUGGUUAUAAUAUGUCGUUAUGUAUAUUCCAAUGAAGAGGUUUGUCAAAUUACCAAUUUUUUUAAAACAAUUAAAAAAAAAAAAUCCGGUCGAUAUUUAGUUUAUAUCA